CAAUGAGGAAGUAUAAUGUGUAAUAGUAUCAUUAAUAUGUUUGUUUGUGCAUGCCCUCUAACGUAUGCUCCAUUCGUCUUGAAUACGACUCAUAUGUGAAGAAGAGAAUUCCAGCUGGAACAAGAGACAUGACCACUCCGACUAGAUGUCUCAUGGGAUCUUUGCGUACGGAUUUGAUGAUUUAUGUUAUCGGAAUUGUCAUCAAUGGUGUAGAGUCCCAACUGUCCUCCAGUCCUGUGUUAGUGAGGGAGUCUGAGACAGCCAGCUUCAGGUGGCAGGUACCAGCUGUACCAGGACUCACUGUGCUGUAUGUCAUCAGUCCAUCUGGAGCUGUAGUACUACUGGCCAACAGAGUCAAUAACCACCAGACAUUCGGGAACUACACAACUCGUGUCACCUACAACGGGAAUCUAACUGCUGACCCCAGGUUCAUGGCUUUUGACCUCCGCAGUGUCGUCAGAUCUGAUGCUGGGGACUACACCUGUGGGAAUGGUGGAGUAUCUGACAUCUUACCUCAGUGUGGACAGAAGCUGGUUGUUCUAGGUCAACCAACUAAACCAACUCUCAAUGGACCAUCAUCCCCUUGGUUUGGGAGACAAGUCACCUUGACCUGCAGCUCCACCUCAACCACUGUCCCAGCUGACCAUGGCCUGACCUUGACCUACACCUGGCAGCGUGACAACACUAACAUCACAGUUACCUCCCCUGGUUCCCCCUACACCUUCACAGUGAGUUCCCGGGACAGUCACAGCUACAGAUGUAAGGCAACAGAAGACCAGGGUCUGGAGUCAGAGUGGAGCCAGGGGUACAACAUGGAGCCACAAUAUGGCCCCUAUGCUGUGACCCUACAACCCUCCACUCUGUCCUACACCAGGAAGGAACGUCAAGAGCGUGUACCAAGUAUCCUGUGUUCUGCCACCUGCAGACCUGCGUGUACAUCAUACAAGUGGUUCAAGGAUGGGACAGUCCACAGUGAUGGAGCUACACUGACUCUCCCGGUGGCUGACAGGUCACAGACAGGAUCCUACAAGUGCCAGGCUUCCAAUACCCACGGGACUAAUGACAGCUCAAGUGUCUCAGUGGAUGUUACAUAUGUCCCAGAGGUAACACAGGGCCCCACGUGUCAACCACACACAGUCUAUGUAGGGCAGCCCAAUGCUCAACUGAUAUGUCAAGUGACGGCAGCAAACCCACCAGUGACAUCUUACAUCUGGACACACAACGUUUCUCCUAUCCCAUCAGCAACAAGCAGAGAGUACAGCCUGAGUCCUGUCUCCAGGAGCAGUGGAGGAAGCUAUACAUGUGCUGGAAGGAACUCAGUGGGGACAUCUAAUGUGUCAGCUGUCACAGUGGAGGUGCAGUAUAAACCUUCAGUGUCAGUUCCCCAGUCUACACCUGUCAGGGAGUCACAGACUCUCAACAUAUCCUGCUCUGUGGAUGCCAACCCAGCAGCAGCCGUGAGAUGGACAAAGAAAGAUGACAGCAGCUUUACUCCUCAGGCUGGAUCUACUCUGACAAUCAGUAACAUACAGAGAUCCCAGGCAGGGACAUAUGUGUGUACAGCUACCAACACCCUCAGUCCUUGUGAGGGGACAGCUUUACCACGCUCUGAAUCUAGGGAGAUGACAGUGGAUGUACAGUAUCAUGCCAGCAUAAGUAUGUUCACCGCUAACUCUCGCACAGGUUCAGUGACAGUUAAUGAGUCUGAUGAAGUAACCUUGACAUGCCAGUUAGAUAGUGCUGGUAAUCCAAGGUCAGUCAUCAGAUUACUGAAUGGAACUGAGGAGUUGACAAGGGCAGAUAACUCCCUCACAUCAGAAUAUAGACUGGAGUCAGCAGACUGUAGACAAAGAGGGAACUACUCCUGUACUGCCACUAACAACAUCGGGGCACCUGUCAGCCAGAGGGUGGAGUUGCUAGUCAAAUGUUCUCCUCGACUGGAUGAGACAGUUUCCCAGCAACUUAAGUAUGCUGCUAAACUGGGUGUUAACUUGAAUGUGUCUGUGUCGGUCCUGGCCUACCCCAUUCCUUCAUUCUCCUGGAGUAGAUCCACCAGCACCAGCCAGGACCUCACUGGUUCCUCCAGCCCUGUCUCCGACAUAUUAGUCACUGCCACACUACACCUUAUUGACCUCCAACAGCAGGACUUUGGGAACUACAAUCUUACAGUGAGCAAUGGUGUAGGCGUGUCAGUGGCAUACAUACUCAGCAUAGUGUCUGUAGGGCCACCACAGACACCUUCACAGUUUAGAGAUCUGGAUAAUGCAACAACGUCGUCGGUAUGGUUAUCGUGGCUGCCUGGUUUCAAUGGUGGUCACCCUCAGACGUUUCUGAUUGAGUUUCGUCAGUUUGCUACAAGAACAUGGACUGUGUAUAAUUCUUAUGAUGACACUGGCGCGAUGAUGGUGGUGGUGGAAGUGACUGGGCUUACACCGGGAGAUAUUUACCCAUUCCGACUACAUGCUAGAAAUGACUAUGGGGAUUCUAACAGAUAUGUAUUUGUAGAAACAAGGACUGCUGGAGAUCCACCUACUCAGCAAAAACUCGAAACUCCAUGUUCGUAUACAGGGGUAAUAGCAGGAUCCACAGUAGGAGGCAUUCUUCUUACCUUGCUCAUUGGAGGAAUUUUUCUGAUGGUUCUGUACAUGAAGGGACGCAAGUUCGGCAAUAGACUAAACGGAAAUGCAUCACGAAAAAGCAACAGGAAUCCAGAAACUGUUGAACUUGACAACAGAGGAUAUUCAUCAUUAGAUCAGAUAAAUGGUCCAGCUCAGUAUUCAAAUUUGGAGUUGGAAUCAGAAAAACAACAGUACUCACAGCUGAAGAUUUAUGAGAAUACAAAAGCGGAUGCUGCAGCAGAUACAAGUACCUAUGAAGGCAUGACAGAGACUCCCCCAGUGACCUAUGAGUCCAUCAGAGCAUCUCCAUACCAGAACACUGGGGCACAAUCUCAAGCUCUGAUGGUCGUGUUGGGGUCUACAGGAGUCCAGAAGAACGUUACUCAAAUACAUCAGUUUGGUGUGGAAGUGUUAUGGCAUGGGGUGGCAUCACAUCUCAUGGGAGAACAAAACAAAUUAUUGUUAAUGUGUCCUCAGCUGACUUCCAAACACUGCAGUACACAGUCACCCAGUGACAUGUCGGGCAUGUCGGACAACAUGUCUGUGUGUUCCUUGCUGCUGGCGGUGCUGCACUUGUGUUCAGGAAUGUCAGUCAAUCUCAGUGGAUCUGCCUCCUAUGCAGUGUUGGACCAGGCGUUUCAGUUCACAUGUACAGUCACAGAUGAUUCUUCUACAAUGGGGUUUGUGACAUUCUCAGUGUCUGGCAGCACACUAGACUGUGCUGUCCUUUUGUCAUCAUGUACACAGUUCACACCAGUGGAAGGCUUCACCUGUGGCUGUGUGAGUGGACAGAGAGGAGUGUACUACCUGAACAUCACAAGUGUCAGUCUGAUGGAUGAUGGCAGAUGGGAGUGUCGGAGAAUACAGUUUAGUGACUCAAAGACAUUGCCAGUAUACUAUGGGCCAUUCAACAACAUGACACUCGACAAGUCAUCCCCUCAGAUAGUGACAGAAGCUGUCACCCCUUCCCUCACAGUUGCCUGCUCCGCUAUAUGUAAACCCUGCAGGUACACCUGGAAGAAAGGCACACAGACAGUCUCCAGCAGUAGGACACUCAGUCUUACCAGCAUCACCAGGAACCAGGCAGGAGACUAUAUCUGUACUGCUGUCAACACGGCCACUGGGGUGACUUCCAGUGCUCCAACACUUACAGUCACAGUGUAUUAUGCACCUGAUGUCAACCUAGAGGCACGAUGUCGACCAUACAGAGUGUAUGUCGGUCAACAGAAUGUCCAACUGACAUGUCAAGUGACGGCAGCUAACCCGACAGUGACGUCAUACAGCUGGGCAAGAGAUGGAUCCAGUAUCCCGUCAGCAACAAGCAGCAUGUACAGCCUGAGUCCUGUCACCAGGGGCAGUGCAGGGAACUACACGUGUGCUGCCAGGAACUCAGUGGGCACAUCAAGUUUUUCACGGAUUGGUGUUGAUGUACAGUACCCACCCAAUGUCUCAGUUCCCAGCUCCCAAACUGUGAUCGAGACACAGACCCUGACUGUGACCUGCUCUGUGGACUCCAAACCUGCAGCAGCUGUGAGAUGGACAAAGAAAGAUGACAGCAGCUUUACUCCUCAGACUGGAUCUACUCUGACCAUCAGUAACAUACAGAGAUCACAGGCAGGGACAUAUGUGUGCACAGCUACCAACACCCUCAGUCCUUGUGGGGGGACAACUUUACCACGCUCUGAGUCUAGGGAGAUGACAGUGGAUGUGCAGUACGGCCCAUCCAUGUCAGGAGUUCCAUCCACGUCCCCUGUGACAGAGACAACAGCACUACGCAUCAACUGCAACAGCUACACCGUCCACGGCAACCCCACUAUUACAAACUACAGGUGGACAGGACCAGGCUACAGUUCUAGUGGCCCUGUCCUCAACAUCACCAGCAUCAUCAGGACCGCAUCAGGUGUCUACAACUGUACAGCAUCCAACACUCUCACACCAACAGGCGGACAACCACAAACAGGGUCAGCCAUUGGGCAGUUCAACGUUGAUGUGCAGUACCCACCCAUCAUAAACACAUUCACAAUUAACUCAAGAAGCAACAAAGUGACCGUGGAGGAGACUGCAUCUGUGAACCUAGGAUGUCGAGUAGACAGUAACCCAGCAUCGACCAUCAAGCUGAUGAACGGGAGCAGUGAAUUAAAGACGAUCGACAAAGUUCUUGUGGUAUAUUACAACUGGACGGCAGAUUGCAGGGACAGAGGAAACUAUACUUGCACAGCUGAUAAUAAACUUAUGACUGGUGAAAUGGUAACAAGAAAGGUGGAAUUGAUUGUUACAUGUUCUCCUCGACUAGAUCAGUCAGUGUCCAAGGAACUCAAAUACGCCUCUAAACUAGGUGGUAACUUGAAUGUGACUGUGUCAGUCCUGGCCUACCCCCUUCCUACAUUCACCUGGAGUAGAACCACCAGCACGAGCCAGGACCUAACUGGUUCCUCCAGCCCUGUCUCCGACAUCUCGGUCAAUGCCAGACUACACCUUACUAACCUCCAACAGCAGGACUUCGGGGACUACAGCCUUACAGUGGACAAUGGUAUCGACGGGUUAGUGUCAUACACAAUCAACAUGGUGUAUGAAGACUCUCCUGAGACACCAACACUCUUUAGAACAAGUGGAAACGCCACAGCAUCGUCUUUAUGGUUAUCAUGGCAACCUGAGUUCAAUGGAGGACACCCCCAGACAUUUGUGGUUGAGUAUCGGCAGUAUUGUUCCACUACAUGGACUGUGUACAAUAUCUAUGAUGACACAGGCAAGAUGAUGGUGGUGGAAGUGAGUUGCUUGACAACAGGAACAACUUACAUAUUCCGUCUACAUGCUCGAAAUGACUAUGAACCUUCACACAGGGCAUACGUCUAUGUUGAAACUAAGACUGACGGAGUUCCAACCGAUACCAAAGAUCCCGUGGCUGCUAAUAGUGGAAUACUUGCUGGAACUGCGAUAGGAACCCUUCUUCUUACUUUACUCAUUGAAGGAAUUGUUCUAAUGCUGCUAUACAGAAAAGGGUUCCGAAUUGGAAACAGUCAGAGAGAAACUGCUUCGCGAGAAAGCAGCAGAAGUCAUGAGAUCGCAGAAAUGGACAACAUUGGGUAUUCUUCCUUAGAUCAUGUCAAUGGACCACAACAAGAUUCAAGCUUGAAGAAGGAGGAGUCAGACAAAUCCCAUUACUCACAGCUAAAGAUAUAUGAAAAUACAAAAGCUGGUGACGAAGGAGAAACAAGUACCUACGAAGGCAUGACAGAGACGCCCCCGGUGACCUACGAGGCCAUCAGUGCGUCGCCCUACCAGAACAGUAGUGCUCAAUGACAUCAUCGAGGUGAUGCUUAUCAAGGGUAGAUGCGAAUUACAUGAACGAUCACACACUUAUCUGCCGCGCCGCGAACAUUAUGUAACCAAAUUUUAAGAAACAUUUGAGCUCGUUGAGUAAGUGCGUGGGUGCAUUGGUGAGUGAGUGCGUAAAUGCGUGGGUGGGUCCGUUUUGGAUGGGUUGGUACGCUUGGGAAUGUGAGUGUGUUGUUGGUUUGUUAUUUAACGCCGCACUCAGCAACAUUCCAGCUAUUUGACGGCGGUCUGUAAAU